AUGUCCCUCAACACGGACUAUGAGGUGGAGCGCUACUCGUUCGUGGCGGGGUGCCAGGUGGAGGUGUGCCGCUGCACACACCGCAGCACCGGUGCCAAGCGUGCCGUGAAGAUAUACCACACCACAUCAAUGGACAGCCGGCGCGUCGCCAUGGCAGUGGAAGAGGGCACGUUGGCCAAGUCACUCCCAGUGGCGCCGCAGCUUGUGCGCGUCUUCGACGUCUAUGCGGAAGCGGAACGCGUAUCGAUUGUGAUGGAGUACAUGGAGUGCGGCUCCCUCUACCAGCGGCUCACCACUCGCGGCCCCCUAGCGGAGGCUGAGGCUCGUGCCGUGACACGGCACCUCCUCACUGGUCUCGCCCUCCUGCAUGCCCACAACGUCAUGCACCGCGACAUCAAGCCCGAAAAUGUGUUCCUGCGCACCACCACCGGCAGUAGCAGCGGUCUUUGUGGCACAGCCGCCAAGACCGCCUCUGCAAUGACGACGAUGGUGGCCAUUGGCGACUUCGGCUUCGCCACACGUCGAAUUCCGCACGAGGAGCUCGUCGGGUCCCCGCAGUACAGCGCCCCGGAGCUAGCUCUCAUCGCGCUUCAGCAUCGCCACAGCCGCGCCGUCGCCGCGCCGCCCAUCUCAGCACGUCCGCUGUACAACGAAAAGUGCGACGUGUGGUCGGCUGGUGUAGUGGUCUUCGUGACGCUCACCGGCCUUCUACCCUUCGACGGUCCCACCCCCGAGGAGGUCUUUACGGCGGUGGUGCGCAACGCCGUCCCCUUCCACAAGGUGCUACCUGACCGGAUGAGCCCCUCUGCCAAGGCGUUCAUACAGGCGCUGCUGACGCCGAACCCGUCAAAGCGACCAUCGGCCAAGGAGGCACUGCGGCACGCGUGGCUGACAGGUUGA